CUCUCUCUCUCCCCGCUGUAUCACCUUCUUUCCCAUCUGUUCCUUACCUUCCCGUUUUUUUCAAACGCUUAUUCGCUUCUCUGAAACCAAUCUGAGGGCCACCUAGCUACCCGUCCUUCUUCCUCCUAUCUACCUAUCUUUCUCUUCAUCACUUUGUUUCAUUUCUAAUAAUUGGAAUUCUCUAAAAUUCGUUUUUACUGUUCUUUCCCCUACACGAUAUUCGGAAGAAAAAAAAUCUUACUUGCUUUCGCGCUUUUGGCUGGUUUUCUAGUUUUCUUCAAUUCCUGUUUUGUGGCACCGAAUUAGGGUUUAUUAUUUGGCCUGUUUAUUUGACAGAACUUAGGGUUUAUUUAUUCAACUUCAUUUCGUUGAAUUUUCGAAUACGAGGAUGGGUGGAGAUUCGUCGUCAGAACAGGACCCUGACGACUCCGAUUUAGAGUUCGUGGAGAUCGAUCCUAGUGGUAGAUAUGGCCGGUAUCGAGAGGUGUUGGGAAAGGGCGCUUUCAAAACAGUAUAUAGAGCGUUUGAUGAAUUGGAAGGGAUUGAAGUUGCUUGGAAUCAAGUUAGGGUGGUUGACUUAUUGCGGAACUCUGAAGAUUUAGAGCGUCUCUACUCUGAAGUCCACCUUCUCAAGACUCUCAAGCACAAGAACAUUAUCAAGUUCUACAGCUCAUGGGUUGACGUAAAAAAUGAGAACAUCAACUUCAUCACUGAGAUUUUCACUUCGGGAACAUUACGCCAGUAUCGGAAGAAACACAAGCAUGUCGACUUGAGAGCACUCAAGAAUUGGUCAAGGCAGAUCUUGCACGGCCUUCUCUAUCUUCAUAGUCAUGACCCGCCGGUCAUCCAUCGCGACUUGAAGUGUGACAAUAUUUUCGUUAAUGGCAACCAAGGCGAGGUGAAAAUCGGUGACCUUGGACUGGCUGCUAUUCUUUGCAAGGCCCGCUCAGCUCAUAGUGUCAUUGGGACUCCAGAGUUCAUGGCACCAGAGCUUUAUGAGGAAGAAUACAAUGAGCUUGUGGAUAUCUAUGCCUUUGGCAUGUGCUUACUGGAGUUGGUGACCUUUGAGUAUCCCUAUGUUGAGUGUGCCAAUGCAGCUCAGAUUUACAAGAAAGUGACAUCAGGAAUCAAGCCUGCAUCAUUAGCAAAGGUGAAGGAUCCUGGAGUCAGAAGCUUUAUAGAAAAAUGUAUUGCGGAUGUCUCUGAGAGGCUCCCCGCCAGAGAGCUGUUAAUGGAUCCUUUUCUCCAGUCAGAUGGGGAGAAUGAAAAAGUAGGUUGUUUUAUACGAACAAACCCCAAUCACUCGGAUGGUAGCUAUGACAAUAUGAACACAAAUUCUCUAAAUGCUGGGGAGUCUGGAGGAAGUCGAGAGUUCAUGGUUGAAGGUCAAAGAAAAGAUAUUAACACAAUAUUCAUAAAAUUACGCAUCGAAGAUUCCACUGGUCAUGUUCAUAACAUUCACUUUCCAUUUGAUACUGAGGUGGAUACAGCAAUCAGUGUUGCUAGUGAAAUGGUUGAGGAGUUGGACCUUACAGACCAAGAUGUUACAACCAUUGCUGCAAUGAUCGACUCAGAGGUACAGGUCCAUAUUUCAGAAUGGGCAUCAAGAGAAGGUGUAGGAGAUAAUUCUGGUAGUGAAGUUGUAGUUUUAGUUAGCCCUGACCCUGAAACUAAUGCUGAACUAUCAUCAUUGACAAAGGACCCAGGUCAUCCUUCAUGUGGCUUUGUUCUUGAACGACUUCCUUCUGGCCGAAAGUACUGGUCUGACUCCCCCAAGGGACUUAGCAGAAGCUCUCGAUCUACCACUUUUGAAUCAAACUUGUUUUCUCAUGUAGAUUUGAACAUCAGUCUUGAAUGUUUGCCUGAAGAUAAUGAAGAAUUUCUUGAUAAACAUGAAAGCAACGAAGAUCCAAAUGGAGUUGCUUUGCCCAAACACUCAGAAGACCAUGCAGUUCUGAUUCCAGAAGGUGGAAGCUGCACUGAAAUCGGUACUUCAUCUGUGCCCUAUAAACAGCAAGAUGAAUCCUCAUAUGAUGAGACAAUAGGUAAAGAGAAAGACUCUGUCUUGCUUGUCAAUUCAGAGCUGGCCAGUAAUCAAAAUAGCAGAGGCAAUGAUGCGUUCCCACUGAAGCUGAAUUGUAUGGACAAUGAGUCCAAAAAAGUUAGAAUCAUUGUGGAGAAACUAGAGCAUCUAUUGGUAGAGCAGAAGAAGGAACUAGAUGAACUCCAGAGGAAACAUGAACAGGCCAUAGCAGAUCUCUUGAAGGGACUGCCUCCAGAAACUCGCCAUGAAGUUGUUACCUCAUGCCACUUGAAGGUUCAGGGUUAUGGAUUGCAUGGUGACUUACAUGAGCAUUCUGGACACUUUACAGAUUCAAACUUCUCCUUACAAAUGGAAACACUGCCAUCUUGUGGAGGAGAAUUUUCUUCCGUGCACAACCAUUGAGAUAGUUCUUUAUGUACACCUAUUCCCAACAAUCAUAUCCCCUCAAACAGGCUUACAGAUCCACCAGAAAUCUCAGAUGUUGUUCCUAGUUGGGAGAUCUAGGAAGCAGAAGUUACUAGCUAAAAAUCAAGCUAGAGGACCUUUCAUCAGUGGUAGGUCAAGUUCAUUGAAGGGGGAUUCAUCUUCCCAACGCAGGAUUGCAGGGAUUGCUGUCAUUUUGAGAGAUACAGCAAAAUUGUAGCUCAGACUAGAGAGUUCUCUUGAAUGGUGGCUCCAAAGAACUUGGACCAGAGGUUCAGCAAGAAGUACAUUCAUGUUAAGUGUUUGAUGCUGCUAGCAACAGGUUUUCGGCCAGAUACAGUCAUACGCUGUUAUAUGUGCAUGCCUUGAAGAAUUAGCAUCUUAUUUAUGAUCAGGUUUGAGGACCUUGUACAUCAUCCAGUGUUGUAUUAACCCAUAAACGGGUUGAGUGUAUACUGUACAGAACUAUAGAUGGUAGUCAUUUGCAUUAGUUUCAGGUAUGGCGUUGAAUUAUCAUUGUUUUGUUUCAUUACAUGGUCUUGCUAGUUAUUGAGUUUCUUUUUAUUUGUCCACCACUGCAUGUGACUUCAUAAUGCGGUUGGAGUGAUUGCUUUGAGUGUUUUGUUUUUCAUAUGGAAAUAGACCAUAAUUGUUAAUAAUAUCCUAUCAUGUAAUUGCCAAAGAGCAAAGAAUAAGAGGAUUAUUUUUUUUGGGUG